AUGUCGGCGUUUAUCGGCUUCCAGGGGGCCAGCACCCACUGGAGAAACAACUACACCCUUCCCGCCCGCGACCCCCCUCUGUCGGACCAGGGGGAGACCAUCAUCGGGGUCUACCUGCUUGUUCUUGGCUGGCUGUCCUGGUUUGGGAACAGCAUCGUUCUGUUUGUGUUGUACAAGCAGCGUGCCUCGCUCCAGCCCACGGACUAUCUAACCCUUAACCUGGCCUUCUCCGACGCCAGCAUCUCCGUGUUCGGGUACUCCCGGGGAAUCAUCGAGAUCUUCAACGUCUUCAAGGACAACGGGUACCUGGUCUCCUCCGUCUGGACCUGCCAGGUGGAUGGUUUCUUCACGCUGGUGUUUGGGCUGAGCAGCAUCAACACCCUCACCAUCAUCAGCAUGACACGCUACGUCAGGGGCUGUCACCCCACCCGAGCUCACCUAAUCAACAACACCACCAUCCUCGUGUGUCUGGUCUGCAUCUGGGCCAGCGCUGCCUUCUGGUCUGGAGCGCCCCUAGUGGGCUGGGGGAGCUACACAGACCGCGGCUACGGGACCUGUGAGAUAGACUGGGCUAAAGCCAGCUACUCCAGCGUCUACAAGUCCUACAUCAUCUCCAUCCUGGUGAGCUGCUUCCUGCUGCCCGUGUCUGUCAUGCUGUUCUCCUACGUGUCCAUCAUCAACACCGUGAAGCGAGGGAACGCCCUCACAGCCGACGGAGACAUCAGCGAACGCCAGCGCAAGAUAGAGAGAGACGUCACCAUAGUGUCCAUCGUGAUCUGCACGGCCUUCAUCCUGGCCUGGUCUCCGUACGCCGUGGUGUCCAUGUGGUCCGCCUGGGGCUUCCAGGUGCCGGUGCUCACCAGCAUCUUCACGCGCCUCUUCGCCAAGUCGGCCAGCUUCUACAACCCGCUCAUCUACUUCGGCCUCAGCUCCAAGUUCCGCAGCGACGUGGCCGUGCUGCUGCCCUGCACGCCGCACGCCCGCGAGGCCGUGCGCCUCAAACGCUUCAGGCCCAGCCCCCAGCCGGCCGCCGCCCGGGCCCCGCUCAACGCCAGGGAGAGGAAGUACGCGGCCCCCGGGGAGCCGGGGCCCCCAAGGGAGCCCUGCGUUCCCCCGAGCCCGCCCCUGGACUCAGGCCUCGGCAGCCCCCCCCCGCCCGCCGACCCGCCCUCGCAGACCGACGGAGAGUCGAUAUGCGUCAGACUUUGA